CUUAAUCAACUCCUUUAGCUACUAAUCCUCAUAAUUAUAUCAGUCUUAUGAAUAUCUUUCACUUCUCCAUCUCCUUGCACUUGGUCAAGCCUGUCCAUGACCAGAGUAGAAGAAAAGAUGUCUCUACUUAUCCUUAAAAAAAAUUCCUAGGUUACCCUCUUCCUCAUUUCUUCUCCCUCCCUUCCCUUCCCUUCCCUUCUCUCUCUCUCUAGUGUCCCAUGAGUUGUUGUUGUUAUUGUUGUUGUUGUUGUAGUAGCAGUAGUGGCAAUAGUACUACUAGUUCUUCUCUUCUUCAUCUCUUAUAUUCUCUAAGAAUAAUAAGGCACAUGAGCAGCAGCAAGAGCCCAAAAAGCAGGAAUUAUUUAGCUUCUCCCCAGUUCCCCACUUCCAUUUCCCACAACAAAUAACAAACAACAAACACCCUUCUUACUUAACUCCCAACUUUUUUUAAACACUCUUUCCCUGAAUGCGCCGUCGUCGCCGGGGAAUGACUCGUACUGACGAGUGACACACACACACACACACACACCCCCACCAUGGCCACGGCCAACGCCAGCACCACCGUCACCGCCACCGCCACCGCCACCACCACCACUACCACUACCUCGGCCGAGGACGCUACAGCGAGAGCCGCAACUAAGAGGUACGAAGGCUUAGUGACUGUGCGUACCAAGGCGAUCAAAGGGAAAGGAGCCUGGUACUGGGCGCACUUAGAGCCCAUCUUGAUUUCCAGCACCGACACCGGUCUCCCUAAGGCUGUCAAACUUCGUUGCGCGCUGUGCGACGCCUUGUUCUCCGCUUCCAACCCUUCUCGUACUGCUUCUGAACAUCUCAAGCGUGGCACUUGCCCCAACUUCUCUACUUCCUCUUCCUCCCCUUCUCCUCAUCCGAGACCUAUCUCUUCUCUCCCUCCCCCUCCGCCUCCUCAUCCUCCUCCUCCUCGCUCUUCUUCCCCUCAACCUCCACCUUCUUCCCGUAAGCGCUCCGCCUCCGCAGCUGCUGCCUCCGCCUCUUCUCCUCCUUUCCACAUACCCACUCUUGCCCUUGUUGAUCCUUCUGCUUAUUCUUCAGCUCCACCACCUCCUCCUCAGCAGCAACAGCAGCUUGUCCUCUCUGGCGGGAAGGAAGACCUGGGCGCUCUCGCCAUGCUUGAAGACAGCGUGAAGAAGCUCAAGAGUCCCAAGGCUUCUCCUGGUCCGGCACUCACUAAGCCGCAGGUGGACACCGCCAUGGCUUUGCUUGCUGAUUGGGUUUAUGAGUCUUGUGGUGCUGUUUCCAUGGCGGCUUUCUCCAACCCCAAGGUUCGAUCUUUUUUCCACCAGGUCGGUCUCCCUCCUUUCUCCCCUCGCGACCUCGCCGGCCCACGCCUUGAUUCUCGUUUCGAAGACGUCCGUGCCGAUUCCGACGUCCGUAUCCGCGAUGCACGCUUCUUCCAGCUCGCCUCUCAAGGCUGGAAAAGUACUGACUCUAUUGUCACCCUCGCCGCCAACCUCCCCAAUGGCACGACCGUGUUCCGCAACUCUGUGUUCUCCCAUGGCGGCCGCGUGCCGUCCAAGUAUGCUGAGGAUAUUCUCUGGGAGGCCAUCGCUGACCUCUGCUCCGGCGGCCCGCUCCAGCACUGUGUGGGUAUUGUCGCCGACCGGUUCAAGAACAAGGCGCUCCGAGACCUUGAGAACCGGCAUCAAUGGAUGAUCAACCUCCCUUGCCAGCUCCAAGCUUUCCGCAACCUCGUCAAGGACUUCGCCCGUGACCUCCCACUUUUCCCCUCCGUCACCACCAACUGCUCCAAGCUCGCCAUCUUCUUCAACUCCAACUCUCCUGCAAGAGCUCUCCUCCACAAGUACCAACUCCAAGAGCUCGACCACUCCGGCCUCCUCCGCACCCCUCCCCUAUCCGAACCCGCCGCCAACUUCGACCCCAUAAUGCUCCAGGACGUAAUGGCCAACGCCCGCCCACUCCAAUCCGUCGUCCACGACGACGACUACAAAGCAUCCUGCCAUGAUGAUUCCGAUGCCCAACAAAUGGCAGAGAUCAUCAGGGACAUGAGUUUCUGGAACGAGUUAGAAGCUGCUGUGUCACUCGUCAAGCUCGUGAACUCCAUGGCCACGGAGAUGGAGGCUGAGAGGCCACUGGUCGGGCAAUGCCUGCCACUCUGGGAUGAACUCCGUUCCAAGGUCAGGGAAUGGUGCUCCAAGUUUGGUGUUGAUCAGGGUUUUGCAGACAAGGUGCUCGACAAAAGGUUUAAGAAGAAUUACCACCCUGCUUGGUCGGCUGCUUACAUACUUGAUCCAUUGUAUUUGUUGAAGGACACAAGUGGGAAGUAUCUCCCACCGUUCAAGUACCUAUCGCCGGAGCAGGAGAAGGAUGUCGAUAAGCUAAUCACUCGGCUCGUCUUAAGGGAGGAAGCUCACAUUGCCCUCAUGGAACUCAUGAAGUGGAGGUCCGAAGGAUUGGACCCUUUGUAUGCUCAGGCAGUGCAGGUGAAACAGCUCGAUCCGAUGACCGGGAAGAUGAGGAUUGCCAAUCCUCAGAGUAGUAGGUUGGUGUGGGAGACGUAUAUGAGUGAAUUCAAGUCGCUCGGGAAGGUGGCUGCUCGGCUUAUAUUCCUACAUGCCACUUCUACUGGAUUCAAAUGCAAUACGACCAUGCUCCGAUGGGCUACCGCUCGUGGGCGAUCGAGGGCGGCCAUGGACCGUGCGCAAAAGAUGAUUUUUAUUGCUGCCAAUGCAAAGUUAGAAAGACGAGAUUUCUUGAAUGAGGAGGAGAAGGAUGCGGAGCUCUUCUUUGGCUCCGGCCCUGAAGAUGAUGUGCUCAAUGAGGCCUUUGUGGAUGCCUCCUCAGUGUAACAUUUUCAUUUUUAAUUUUAAUUUGAUUUUUUUUCUUUCCCAUUUCUUGCGUUUUGUAGGAUUGGAUUUGUAGGAUUGCCUGAAUUCUUUCCACAAAUUCUUCUCUUUGGUACUACUACCCUUUGUUGUUGUUCUUCUUGUUGUUGCCGCUGCUGCUGUGUUGAUGUUGCUGUUGCUGCUGCUGCUGCUGCUGUUGUUCUUACUUGCUCAGCUCUUGAUUUUGGUGGGGAUGAGGAGUAGGAGCAUGAGAUUGAUUGACAUUAUCUUUCAAUUAUGAUUAAUUUCAGUGAAGAAGAAGAAGAAGGAGGAGGAGGAAGGGAUGUAUAAGCUUCUGUAUUAUCAUUCUUCUUGUUCAUAUUGAUAGCAUUGUCAGAUGAGAUGAGAAUCAGGAAGACUUGAUGUUUGUAGUAGCAUUUGGAUUCUCAGUGAAAUAAUAUGUAUGUACAUUUUGAUGAUGAUCAAUCAAAAAACUUGAAUUCAAGAUAGUUUA